AUGUGCAUAAGGUCAGCCAAGAACACGCCUAAGAUAAGAAGGGCAAAAAUCGACUACAGGCGCAAAUACGCGACCAAACCUGGUGAUCGCCUAGGAUUACCGAGUCCCACGGGUGAUGGCCCUGGAUUACUGAGUCCCACCGGUGAUGACCCUGGAUUACCGAGUUCCACGGGUGUUGGCCCUGGAGCACUGUGUUCAACCGGUGAUGGCCCUGGAUUACCAAGUCCCACCGGUGAUGGCCCUGGAUUACCGAGUCCCACGGGUAAUGGCCCUGAAUUACUGAGACCUACCUGUGAUGGCCCUGGAUUACCGAGUCCCAGGGGUGUUGGCCCUGAAUUACUGAGUUCUACCUGUGAUGGCCCUGGAUUACCGAGUCCCACGGGUGAUGGCCCUGGAUCACUGAGUCCUACCUGUGAUGGCCCUGGAUUACCGAGUCUUACGGGUGAUGGCCCUGGAUUACUGAGUUCCACUGUUGAUGGCCUGGAUUACCAAGUCCCACGUGUGAUGGCCCUGGAUUACAGAGUCCCACGUGUGAUGGCCCUGGAUUACCGAGUCCCAUCGGUGAUGGCCCUGGAUUACCGAGUCCCACGGUUGUUGGCCCUGAAUUACUGA